GGACAGUAUAUAUUUUAUAAAAACAGACAUAGUCACAGAUAUAUUUAGAAUAUUAGAAGACCAUCAUCGUGUACUUUUGACAGGAGUUUCCGGAAUGGGAAAGACCCUGACUGCAAAGAAUAUAUCAUUGCAGUUAGUUCAUGAAAAUCAAUAUAGCAUAGUGCCAUGCAUGUCUCUUCAAGAUAUAACAACACGCUAAAAAGAAAAUGUUCGUCAGGUGUUUUUUGUAGAUGAUAUAUGUGGAAAAUAUACAACAAAUCUCAAUAUAAUUGAAAACUGGAGAAGCAUUAAGAAUAGGGUAAAAAGUAUUCUAGAUAAGGGCAUGACAAAAAUAUUGGCCACCUGUCGUACUGAAGUCUUUAAAGAAGAGAUAUUUCAGCACGCAUUUGAUUUAUUCCAUAAGAAUGCGUACAAUUUAUCUGACCAUUAUUCAGUUAAAGACAAAUUAGUCAUUGCUAGCAAAUACCUUGAACAUAACGACCAGAUGUUACCAGAAAUUACAGAUAUUAUAAACAAAAAUACGUUUUCCCCACUAAUGUGCUUCCUGUUUUCUCGACACAAAAAAUUUGAUAUCAAUGAGUUUCUCAGCAGUCCGUACGAUACAUUUUGUACAGAAUGGGAUAAUCUAAAAUCGGUUGACACAGAGAAAUUUUGUGUUCUAUUACUAUGUGUAAUUUAUAACGGAACAAUUAAUGAUGUUAUUCUGGAUAUUUCAAACGAGUUGGAAAAAGAUGAAAAAAAGAAACUAAAAGAGAUUUUUGAAUGGUGCAAGUUAAACCGUGGCACAUCUCGGUUAGCAAUUCAAGCCAAAAUGAAGGUCUGUAUUGACACUUACUUUAUUAAAGUAGACAGGGAAUACACAGUUAUUCAUGAUAAGAUGUUUGACUUUCUGUGCUCUUACUUUGGCAAAACACUACUCACCCCUAUUCUCAAAUAUGCAGAUGAUAAAGUCAUAUGCGAACGUGUACAACUAAAGUCAUUACAGAAACCACAUGGAUAUUUUACAAUUAUGGUCUCAGAAGAUGAUGAAGAGAAAAACAAUGAUAGGAUAAAAACUGACCUUGAAAAUGGAAAGAUACAUUGUUGCUUGAACCAUGCGCAAAUGAAAUAUAAGGAAUACAGGAUUAAGUUUCUAGAUAUCAUUAAAAAAUUAGAAUACAACUUGAUAACGAAUUUGAUUAAUAGUAAGGACGACAAUGGGAUAAAUUCCUUCAUUAUUUCAUGCUUGUGUGGUUAUGAUGAGCUUGUUGCUUUUUUUAUUUCUGUAGGAGCUGAUGUUGAUUGCCAAAAUGGAUUUUUUACACCAUUAACAGCAGCGUGUCAUGAUGGACACUUAAAGACGGUUGAAAUUCUACUUAUUAAAGGAUCGAAUAUAAACCAAACAAAUACACAUAGAGAAACACCACUGUAUACUGCUUGUUUUGGAGGCCAUUACUGUUUAGUAAACCUUCUCAUAGACAAAGAAGCUAAUAUCAACAAACCAAAUAAAUAUAGUCGCACACCCUUAUACGCAUCGUGUUUGACAGGCCAUGAAACCAUAGUUAGCCUUUUGAUUGAUAAUGGGGCAAAAGUUUCCCAAUGUAAAGAUUGUCUUAUAGUUGCCUCUUUAGGGGGCCACGACAAAAUAAUUGAAAAACUGCUUUUAAUAGGAUGCGAUAUAAAUAGUUUGUCCUAUAGCGAUAUCAGAGGAAGACACAAAAACAGCUUUGAUAUCAGUUUUGGAGAGUGGAAAUAA